AAAAGCAGAAAGGGAGGAGAAAGGAGAAAGGAGAAAGGAGAAAGGAGAGGGGGAAAAGAGAGGUUAAGAAGAGGGAGCUCCCCAGGCUUCCGACGCGGUAUCAUUCGGUGCUUCCGCUCCUCCCUUCCUCUCUCCUCCCCUCUUUUCUCCUCCUCGUCCCCGUCUCCUUCCCCCACCCCCGAGAAACCCUAUCCCUUGGGACGGAGACGGACUUCCUUUCCCGAGCUUUCUCGAUUCCAGGUACAUACACUACAUAGAAGAGGCAGAGAAGAUGGGUAAAAUGCGGCGCUGGCUGUGCUGUUAUCAUCAGGUGGAUGAGCCUUAUCAUGUCAGUGAGAAUGAAUACCGGAAGAGCCCAACAAAUAAUACAGAUGGACCACACAGAGGUUCAAAGUAUUCCACUGCUCCCAAAAGUGAACCCCCAAAAACACCCCCUCCUAUUGAGGUGCCUGCAUUAUCGUUAGAGGAACUGAAAGAGAAGACUGAUAAUUUUGGUUCAAAGUCUCUAAUUGGUGAAGGAUCAUAUGGGAGGGUGUAUUUUGCAGUUCUAGACAAUGGGAAGCAGGUUGCUGUAAAGAAACUUGAUGCUUCAUCAGAAGAAAACUCUGAGGAAUUUCUGACUCAGGUUGCCACUGUAUCAAGAUUAAAGCAUGCAAACUUUGUUGAAAUGCUGGGGUAUUGUGUGGAAGGAAAUAUGCGUAUGAUGGCCUAUGAAUUUGCAACCAUGGGCUCUUUGCAUGAUGUUUUGCAUGGCAGAAAAGGAGUCCAAGGUGCACAACCUGGUCCAGUAUUGGACUGGACGCAGCGAGUGAGAAUUGCUGUUGAUGCUGCAAAGGGGCUAGAAUUUCUUCAUGAGAAGGUUCAGCCUUCUGUAAUACAUCGUGAUAUCAGAUCAAGUAAUGUCCUUCUGUACGAGGACUUUACAGCAAAAAUUGCAGAUUUUAACCUUUCAAAUCAAGCUCCUGAUAUGGCUGCUCGUCUUCAUUCCACAAGAGUCUUGGGAACUUUUGGUUAUCAUGCACCAGAGUAUGCUAUGACAGGCCAGUUGACACAGAAGAGUGAUGUAUAUAGCUUUGGGGUUGUCCUUUUGGAGCUGCUGACAGGCAGGAAACCUGUGGAUCAUACGAUGCCUAGAGGGCAGCAGAGUCUGGUUACCUGGGCGACUCCAAGAUUGAGUGAGGACAAAGUCAAACAAUGCAUAGAUCCAAGAUUGAAGGGAGAUUAUCCGCCAAAAGGGGUUGCAAAGUUGGCAGCAGUGGCAGCUCUAUGUGUGCAGUAUGAAGCAGAGUUUAGGCCCAAUAUGAGUAUUGUGGUGAAAGCUCUCUCUCCUCUUCUCAUGAAUAAGCAAGCUCCUGUUCCCCCACCUGUCGCUGCUCCUUCCCAAUCUCCUCCUGAUCCUUGAAGGAUGGAAUGAUUACUGCAAUUCGGCUUGUCUUUACUGGUCAAUGUUCAUCGACGCGGAUUUGUGCUGUAUAUUUGUUCCAUAUUUCAGUUGUUGCAUGAUUUGCCAGAUGGGCCACAAGACAAUAUGAGAUGUCUAAGUAUCAUGAAAGCAUGCUCAUCACUUGCCCUGUAUGUUUCAAGAGAAAUAUUUGUUUGAUCCUAAGCCUCUAAUAUUCAUAAAUGUGCCUUCGGAUAUCAAAAUGUAGUGCCCUAAUGGUGAUUGAUGAUUAUGGUCUGUUGGUUUA